AAAAAAAACAGACAGUCUGACCCCCUCAUCAACAAGCCACUUCCUCUUUUGUCUAAUUUCAUGGCGAUCGGGAGAGAGGGAACACCACCGACGGACGCACACUGCCUCGGCACUCCUGAAAGAGUUUAUCUGGGUUUAAACUAAGUUGCCAACCUUCCUGGCACACGUUUUCCAGGUGAUACUAGGUGGACAUCAUUAAAGAGCCUCCUCCAGCUCCCAGACUUGUUCUUCGCUGUCCCAGGUUAAGACUCCUUGGUCUAUGGCUCUGAUGGACAAAACCAAACACGUCAAGCGGCAGAGACUUGACCGCAUCUGUGAAGGUAUCCGACCCCCCAUCCUGAAUGGGCCAAUGCACCCUCGGCCCCUGGUGGCCCUGCUGGAUGGGCGCGACUGCACUGUGGAAAUGCCCAUCCUCAAAGACGUGGCGACCGUGGCUUUCUGCGACGCUCAGUCCACACAGGAGAUACAUGAGAAGGUGUUAAAUGAAGCUGUGGCUGCUCUGCUGUAUCACACUAUAACUUUAUCCAGAGAUGACUUGGAAAAGUUCAAAGGCCUACGGGUUAUUGUCAGGAUCGGCUCCGGCUUUGACAACGUUGACGUCAAAGCAGCUGCUGAGCUCGGCAUCGCUGUCUGUAACGUGCCGGCAGCCUCGGUGGAAGAGACGGCCGACACGUCGCUAUGUCUGAUUCUCAACCUGUACAGGCGGGUCACCUGGAUGCACCAAGCCCUGAGGGAGGGGACCCGGGCCUCCAGUGUGGAGCAGAUCAGGGAGGUGGCUGGAGGUGCUGCUCGAAUCCGCGGAGAAACGUUGGGCAUCAUAGGCUUAGGACGUGUUGGCCAGGCUGUGGCUCUGAGAGCUAAGGCGUUUGGAUUUAGCGUAAUCUUUUAUGACCCAUACCUGCCUGACGGCGUCGAGCGCUCGCUGGGCCUCCAGCGAAUGGCCACGUUGCAGGACCUGCUCAUACACUCUGACUGCGUGUCCCUGCACUGCAGCCUCAACGAGCACAACCACCACCUCAUCAACGACUUCACCAUCAAACAGAUGCGUCAAGGAGCGUUCCUGGUGAACACAUCAAGAGGCGGGCUGGUGGAUGAGAAAGCUCUGGCUCAGGCCCUGAAGGAGGGCCGGAUACGUGGGGCCGCCCUGGACGUGCAUGAGACAGAACCGUUCAGUUUUUCAACGGGCCCCCUGAAGGAUGCCCCCAACCUGAUCUGUACCCCUCACACAUCCUGGUACAGCGAGCAGGCUUCAGUUGAGGCUCGUGAAGAAGCAGCCAGAGAAGUGCGCCGGGCCAUCACUGGUCGUAUCCCUGACAGCCUGAAGAACUGUGUGAAUAAGGAGUAUCUGAUGGCCGCCUCCCAGUGGCCCACCAUGGAGGCAGCUACUGUUCACCCAGAGCUUAAUGGAGCUGCCUACAGAUUCCCCCCAGGUCUGAUCAACGUCGCAGCAACGGGGGGCCUGCCAGGAUCAGGCACAGGCGUGGAGAGCCUGGUUUCAGGAACCCUGGCGCAUGGCAUCGCCCCCGUCACCCACCCCCCUCACGCCCCUUCCCCGGGGCAGCCCACUAAGGCUGAAGGCGACAGAGACCUCCCCUCCGACCAAUAGCCCCCUCUGCCAGCUCUGGCACAUUCCGUCAUCUCUGGAAACCAAACCCCCGUCGACCCCACCCGCUGCCUCACCUCGCCCCUUCAGGGUCGGACACAAAGCGACGCUCCGGUGCACGGGAAGCACCAGUCUGACCCUUCCUGGAUCUCCGAUCCUUCGUCUGAUCAGACAACCAGCCCAGGAGUGACCCAUCUACACCAAUCCAUCACCCCCACAUCCCUCCAUCCUCAUCUCACGCACCAACCCUCACACCUCCCCACCCCCACAAUGUCAGCAAUAACUGUGUUCUCAAGGAUUCAAUUAUUGGAUUGGUUUUACUUCCUUAGCUGGCUGUUGUUUUAAUGAAAGUUGAUCUUUUGUGGUUCUAGGUAUUGCUGUUUUGCUUUUUCCGACAUGAGGCUUUAGUCUGCUGCCUCCAGCAGGAACAGAACAGUUGAAGCUCCACUUUGUACAUUAAUGGCUCGUGUUACUACUCUCUUCUUUUUCUGUUGUUGUUGUUGUUUUCAUUUUUGUUUUCCUGGCCCCUAUCUGCUUGUAUUAUGACUGGGGGAAACUGCUUAUUACAGUAAGGCGGUCAGAAUCUAGCCACCCUCCAUCCCUUAAACCUCCUUGGCAUUAUUAGCAGAGGGUUUAUAAUGUAGUCUGUGUGGAGCUCUUUUAACUGUGAAACUAUAGCGUUAAACCAUUUAAAGAAUGAAAUCCCCCUUUUGAGACUUUUCUCCCUUUAUUUGCUCAAAGGUUUCUAGCAAGCAGCUAGAGACCAAUCCAUUUGGUUUUGGUCCCCAAAAGGAAAUCUAAAUCAAGCCAGCAGAGGGCGCUCUCUAUCUGGCCUCCCGGUAACAGAUCAUUGAUGCUACUUUAAGUGAUGCAACGUAACAAACACGGAGAAACUGACUUAAAAUUUUUCACCACCCUGCACAUCCUCAUCCUCCUCUCGUAUCAUGGCUCUCCCAGCACACUUGCACACACCAGUUCGCAUCCACCAGUCCCUUCAGGUGUGACAGGACAGUAUGGGUCAGAUUUUCUGCAGGAGCAAACAGCGGCUAGCGUUCCUGCAUGCUUGCAUCUUCAAGACAGUGGUGUGUGUGUGUGUUUGUGUGUGUGUGAGUGAGUGUUUGCUCUCUCACUCUGUUGUUGUUGUUCCAAAGGAGUCGUCCCUUACAGUUAACUCUUAAAAUGCUGUUGCCCUGGUGUGAAGGGAACACCUAUCUAGUACCUCAUUAACAGAUAUUGAAUGUACCGUGCAUACCCUUCUAUUUUUAUUUUUUUUUGUUUGUUUUCUGUUUUUGUACAGAUUUUCUAGAUGAAAUUGUAGCAGUCAUGACGAAAUUAAGCGGAGACAAAAAAACAACAAAAGAUCCCAGUUGAAAUAAAUUUGAAAACUACUCAGGCGUCACUAAUAACGUGCAUCUGUUUGCCUUUCUCACUCAGCUUAGCACAAUUGUCAGACUUCAGGCUUUUAAAAAGUGAUGUAAAAAUUAGUCGAUGAAGUGAAAUAACUUGGACUAGGACGGUGGUAGUACAUACUUGCGUUGCGUUUGACCACCUUUCUCAUCAAGCUGCUGUCUAUAGUGCAUGUGAAGUCAUUUUUACAGGGGAAUCAGACUUCCCCCUAACCCUCUGUCCCUCUCCAUCGAAGUGUUUCUCCUUCUUUUCUUCAGUCGUAGUCCGUUUCCAGUGAUGUACAGUUUGUCCCCCUCAGAGUCUAUGAGCAACAGGUGGCUCCUCUGUCAUGUGAUAAGUAUAUAUUUUUAAAUAAAAAAAACGAAAAACAAAAAGUAACCCCAUAGUUUGGAUUAUAAUCUUAAAAUCUCCUGUUGGUGAUGAUAUAUAUUUUCCAGUCCAGCGGUGCACUGUUGUUUAAAACCGUUUUUAUUUUUAAAGGAUUAACUCUCCGUGUUUGACAUGUUGUACUGAAACAUUUCAGAGAAAACGAGAUCCCUGCCUGUCCCCCCCCCCCCCCCCCCCUCCUUCGUCCUUGUCCUCUUCCUCCUUUCUUUCUCUUAAAUUUGUCGUUUCUGGCUUAUAUCCUGCGGGCCUUACUCGUUCUCUCCCUGUUACAGUAGCUGAUAUAGAAAGUUGCCAUUGGAGCCACUCACUGCCUUAAUACAGUCGACCACAGCAGGUGAAGCCAGGAGACGACAGCAGGGCCCCGGGGUCUCUGAAUUAAAACUCCUCACUUCCCUCCACCCCCAUACAGGCCUGAAAUUACUGCACCGUGCAUUUCCUGUUCCAGUCAAGAACCACAUUUAGCCUUGUUUAAGCACGCACCGCUCGUUCCGCAGUCACACACACACCCGGUGUGAGCACUGACUUUGCAUUUAGAUGGACCACAUUUAUUCUGCUGGUUUUGGUUUAAUCAGAUCCAGCCAGCUCUUGUCAGUUGCAGCAGCUGAUAAUUAACUCUCGUAAGACCGAAUCGCCACCUUCGCCCACUGCGCUCGAUAAGGACGGUGCGGUGGACACUGACGUAGUUUCAGCGAGAGUUGGUCAUUUGUCUCUCCUCUCUCUCUCAGGGUUCAAAUGCACACAUAUCCUCCAGCAGUCGCCCCACGUGUCCUGUCCCUCGCCCCCCGAGGUUUUCCUCCCUCAGACUGUUGACCCCGAUUGCCUGCGUCCUCACAGACUCUCGAUCCUCGUUCUGUGCACAGAUCCGAACCGUUUUUUUGUCUUUUUAUUUGUCUUUUUGGCACUGACAUCUAACCAUCUAACCAGGAAUGAAUGAAUGCUUGAAAGUGACUGUGUGUAAUGUUGAAUUUGGGAAAUGUAUUUUUACAACAUGUGAAAAAAAUUUUCCCCUCCUCCAAUCACUCUCAUUGUGAAUUAUUUUAUUUCUUUUUUUUUUUCACCAGACUGCAAAAACAAAAACACCAGAAAAAAAAUCUGUAACUAGGCUUUUAAGCUUUAUUUUUUUUGUUUUUGUUUACUUUUUUAUUAGAAACAAUCAUGUUUGUGAUGGUAACCUCCAAUGGUAAACUCAACACCGUAUUUUAAUAAAAGCCUAAAAAAUUAAA